AUAGAGAUAUCGGAAUCGGAUCCAUUUCACGCAUUAAAAUCGUUUUCUGCUGUCACGGACAAUGAUUCCCGAGCUGGAAUUCGUCGUCCUUCACGCCUAUAAAACGCUCGAGACAAGGCGACGGAGAGAUCACAAGACGGCACACAGCGAGCCUUUGAUUUGAAUUGUUCUUAGGUUUGUUUCGCCUCCAGCGUCUUUGAGAUGAUGAUUGAGUCGUUGCACCAAAAAGAAGUUCCUUGUUUUGUCUUUUUGUUGGCUAAAUCUUUUGCAUCUUUAGUUAGCUGUAGGUGCAUUAUAUGGUCGUGGAGGCGAUUGCUGGGAAACGUUUAGCUAAAACCCGUGAGACUCAUUGCUUGGUAUUGAGAAACGGCAUGCACUCUUUUAGCCCACAAUACUGGAAAGAGUGUCUCAAAUUUGAGGAUUGUUUACAUGGGCCUUUCAAGGUUUUAACGACCUUAUUUUAACCGUAAUUGUAUGUGGUAAUAGUCAGGCUUGCCGUACUAGGAUCGUCAUAGCUAUUAUUUGAAAUAUCUGGCUGUGAUAUUUGCUAUUUCAUAUUGCAAAUUACUUAAUGUUGUAAAGCAGAGUUCUGGAAGAUGUUUUAGGAAACUUAAAUGCUAUAGGAAUAUGUUGAUUUUUGUUGCAAUUUUUGAUAUUGUUCUUCUAAUUACUAUUCUUCUUUUUCCAAUCAUUUCACUGUUGAAGUUUUAUUCUGAGCUCAAUGCAUUACAUUUAUAAAUGGCUGUCACUGCAGGCAUUACCUCUCUGCAUCUGCUUAACUGAAUCAUAGGUCACGGUUAUCUACUAAUCAUCUAGUUACCAGUUAUGAGUUACAAUCGCACGGUGGUUGAUGAGACACUUCGGGGAAAAGAAUGUUCCAAGAAUGGAGCAAUACAAAAUGGAAGGGAGAUCCUCCUUCAGGCUUUCAAUUGGGAGUCACACAAACAUGAUUGGUGGCAUAAUUUGGAGAGGAAAGUUGGUGAUGUUGCUAAAUCUGGCUUCACAUCAGCUUGGCUGCCUCCAGCAGCCAAUUCAUUAUCUAAAGAAGGGUAUCUGCCACAAAACUUGUAUAGCCUUAACUCUUCAUAUGGUUCCCAAGAUGGAUUAAAAAGUUUACUUCAAAAAAUGCAUCAACACAAAGUCAGAGCAAUGGCUGAUAUAGUUAUUAACCAUCGAGUUGGAACUACCCGUGGACAUGGGGGAACAUACAACCGCUAUGAUGGAAUUCCCAUGUCCUGGGAUGAACGUGCUGUCACAUCAUGCUCUGGUGGCCUGGGUUCACGAAGCUAUGGUGAAAACUUUCAUGGAGUUCCCAACAUUGAUCAUAGCCAAGCUUUUGUACGAAAAGACAUAAUUGGUUGGUUAAAGUGGCUUCGCAAAGAUAUUGGUUUCCAGGAUUUUCGUUUUGAUUUUGCAAAAGGAUAUAACCCAAAAUUUGUAAAAGAAUAUGUUGAAGAGUCAAAACCUGUAUUUUCUGUGGGAGAAUAUUGGGAUAGCUGUAAUUAUGUAGCCCCUGAUUCUCGCUUGGACUACAAUCAAGACAGUCACAGACAAAGGAUUAUUAACUGGAUUGACAAAACCGGACAGGUCUCUGCUGCAUUUGAUUUCACGACAAAGGGCAUCCUACAGGAAGCAGUUAAGGGGCAACUAUGGCGAUUGCGUGAUUCUCAAGGGAAGCCACCCGGUGUGGUUGGGUGGUGGCCUUCACGAGCAGUGACAUUUAUUGAGAACCAUGUCACUGGGUCAACUCAGAGUCAUUGGCCUUUCCCAUUUGAUCAUAUUAUGGAGGGAUAUGUUUAUAUACUCACUCAUCCUGGAAUACCAACCGUAUUCUACGAUCACUUCUAUGAUUGGGGUAACUCUUACCACGAUCAAAUCAUGAAAUUGAUGAACAUUCGUUGCCACCAAGAUAUCCAUAGUCGUUCCAAGAUCAAUAUUUUGGAGGCUCGCUCCGAUCUCUAUGCCGCAAAAAUCGACGACAAAAUCUGUAUGAAGAUUGGCAAUGAGUCAUGGUGUCCGAGUGGUCGGGAAUGGACACUUGCUACAAGUGGAAAUAGAUAUGCAGUGUGGCAUAAAUAGUAUUGUCAUAUUAUAUAUGUGUAUAUAUAUGUGUAUAUAUAUAUAUGUAUAUAUAUAUAUGUAUAUGUAUAUAUAUAUAUAUAUAUAUAU